CUGCCUACAAACCGAGCACCGGCGCCUGCCGCAGCUCCCGGCGUCCGCGGAGUCCAGGCGCAGUCCCCGAGCUGCGGGCGAGGACGGACACCAGCCGCCGGCGACGCCAAGGAGCGCUUGGGGCGAGGGGCAGGGACGACGUCUCCCGAGGACGCCUCCGUGCUCCGGGUCAUCCCCGCCCGGCCGCCCCCACUGGCCGUGGCGGAACAAACAGCUGAGGGGCGGCGCUGCCCCAGGGCCCCGCACCCCCAGGCGGCGCCCGCAACCCCAGAACCAGAUAAUAUUUCAGCAGUAAUCCAGGAGUUGCCCUGAGGAACAUUUGUCACUAAGAGAAAUUGAAAAAAACUGCAAAAGUUAUCUGAAAAAUGGCUAGAAAAGAGAGAAAAAUUCAAAUUUGUCAUAAUCUGAAAUCCUCAUAGAUUGUUCUUGAAUCAUGAGAGAUGAAAUUGCAGCAACAGUUUUCUUUGUCACAAGGCUGGUGAAAAAACAUGAAAAACUGAAUAAAGGACAAAUAGAAGACUUCGCAGAAAAGCUGAUGAAAAUCUUGUUUGAAACAUACCGAGGCCACUGGCACCCCAUCUGCCCCUCUAAAGGGCAAGCCUUCAGGUGCAUCCGAAUAAACAAUCAGAAUAGUGACCCUAUUUUGAAAAGGGCUUGUGCUGAGAGUAAAGUGAAUUAUUUUCAUCUGGGACUUCCAAAAGAGAUGACCAUAUGGGUGGAUCCCUUUCAAGUGUGCUGUAGGUAUGGUGAAAAAAAACAUCCAUUUAUAGUUGCUUCUUUUAAAGGAAGAUGGGAAGAAUGGGAAUUAACUCAACAGAUCAGUUAUGCGGCUAACAGAGCCUCCUUAGACUACUCCUCUGGCACGUCCUCUGAUGAAGAAAGUGGCAGCGUGGACUCCAAGGUCAUUCCUAAAGUCAACAAUCCCAAGAGUGUCUAUCAGGCUGAAAACCUGAAACAGGCCUGCCCAUCUUGGUUCCACGUCCCCCGCAGAAAGAAUGUGGCAGAUGGCUGUGCGGGAGCCCUAGCGAGCCGAACCGCUUAUCAGGCUGCACCUAGGAACCACAAGGGCUGCAGGCCUGUCCCUGGGCACCGUGUGGACAGGUACCACUGGAUCAACUCAAACCGGUAAUAGGGUGGCAAGGUGCAGUGCAAGAGCUUAAGGAACAGGCUUUG